AUGGCGACGGUCCAACAAAUUUACUCUGCUGAAGAUUCUACUCUUCCCCGGACGAUUGGAAUUUGGGGUGGUGGGCUCAUCGGGCUCAGUACUGCUGCUCAUUUCGCACGGAAAGGGCUCCGAAGUAUCAUAUACGACAUCAACGCCACACAGGUCUCUCGAAUCAACGAAGCACUUUUCCCGCCAAAUUUCGAGAAUUGGAUUGGCUUUCCCAUAGAAAAAUACAUAGCAAGUGGGCACAUCAGAGCGACGAUAGAUACAACUGAGCUUUCUCGCGCAUACGUCAAGGCCCAUUUUGUCGCAGUUCCGACCGAACGCAAUGGUGAGCCUUACAUGGACGCCAUCGAGACAGUUAUACAGCAGAUUGCAGGGCUAUCACCAGAUCUUUGUAUAAUCGAGAGCACUGCUAUCCCAGGCCAAACUGAAGCUCUUGGCCUCAAAUACGGUCUCCCGCUGGGUGUCGCCACUCGACGGGAUUGGUUCACCGCAACGGAUAAUAACCUCGAGAACUGCGUCCGCGUAUAUUCGGGGGUGAAAGACGACGUGAGCGAGCGAAUGCAGGUGAUCCUCUCCGUGGUUUGCAAGAGGCUUGUUCGUGCAAGUUCGUGCACUGUUGUCGAGCUGACCAAAUGUCUCGACAAUGGCAUCUUCCACACCGUGGCCAUGUACGCUUCCCAAAUCGCCUCAGCAUAUCCAGAUUCCAAUGUGGCCGAGUCUCUCCAGCUGGCUGCUACCCACUGGCGGCUCGGGAAUCACGUUUACUUCCCGUCUCUCGGGACUGGAGGACCUUGUGUCCCUCUCGCAAAUAAGUACCUGCUCUUAGGAGCUCUACAUCCCGAGAAGUUGACCCUCGCCGCUGACGCGGUCCGUUACGAUGCCAGCAACCCGUUGGAGGUUGCUGCUCGUGUUAAGCAGCAGCUCCGGGUCGGUGAUCGGGUCGCUGUGUUGGGUAUUUGCUACCGCGGCGACAUUCGAGUGCACAUCGAAUCCCCUCAUCUCAAGUUCGCCCGCGAACUCGUCCGGCUGGGUGUCCUAAUGAGCGUGCACGACCCGUAUUACUCGGAUACGGAGCUAAGUGAGAUAACUGGAGGGACUCCGCUCAUCUUUCCCGACGACCUCAGGGACUUCCAGUUCGUGUAUGUUGGGGCCAACCACACAGUCUAUGCAAAGAAGAUCUAUUCUGUACUCGCCUUUAUGACCCGUGGUCAAAGUAUCCUGGACAAUCAAGGCAUUUGGGAGGUGUUAGCGGACGAUGCCAAGAGUCUUGGGAUUUCCUAUCAUCGAGUAGGUGGGGCUCACUGGCUUAUGGCGGAACCUGAUAGGCAGCGGGACAUCAAGUCUCCUCUCUUCUACAGUGUCGAACCGAACGAAACAGUCGUAUUCAAGACCAAAUGGUUCCAGAUACGCACCAUUCCCGAUCCAAAACUUCUCUCUUCCGACCCGUAUUUCGUUCUUGAUCGCCCGGAUAGUGCCACCGUCAUCCCCGUCACCCCAACAGGACGACUUCUUCUGCAGAGGCAGCACCGUCCGCAUAGCGGUAGUACUUCGUGGGAGUUCCCGAUGGGUAACAUCGACCCGGGAGAGAUUCCAAAUCAAGCGGCAAAACGCGAAUUGUUUGAAGAGACUGGUUUGACGUGUAGCUCGGUCCAACUGCUGGGUUGGUAUCAUCCCAUCCCAGGACUUGCAACUCAACGCACCCACGUUUUUCUCGCACAUGUCACAGACGAACAACUGCUGGAACCUCGUUCCUUGGUAUUGGACGAAGGUAUCUCAGCACACCAGAUUAUAGAUGUGACAGCGUUUCGUUCGCUGGUUGCUUCGGCUGAAAUUAUUGACGGCUUUACGCUGGCUGCUUUCGCGCUCUGGCAAUCUGUUUCUUUUCCGCAGAUUCAGCAGCUAGCCCGCUAG